GGGAGCAUGCUGUGCGGGCCGCGGCCGCGCUGGCAGAGGGCGCUGUACAAGCGGCAGCCGUUCCCGGACAACUACGUGGACCGGAGCUUCCUGGAGGAGCUGCGCAAGAACGUGCGCGCGCGCCGGUACCGGUACUGGGCGGUGGUGUUCGAGGCCGGUCUGGUGGUGCAGCAGCUGUGCAGCGUCUGCGUCUUCGGCGUCGUCUGGCGGUACAUGGACGUGGGGCUGCUGGCGCCGCAGUGGCUGUUCGGCACGGGGCUGCUCGCCUCGCUGGUCGGCUACGUGCUGUUCGACGCCGUGGACUCGGGCGCUGGCCGCAGGCAGAGCGGCCGGACGCGCUGGGCCGACCUGCGGAGCGCCGUGGUGUUCGUGGCCUUCACCUACGGCUUCUCCCCCGUGCUGAAGACCCUGACGGAGUCCAUCAGCACGGACACGAUCUACGCAAUGUCCGCACUCAUGCUGCUCGGCCACUUGAUCUUCUACGACUACGGGGCCAACGCCGCCAUCGUCUCCAGCACGCUCUCCCUCAACAUGGCCAUCUUCGCCUCGGUCUGCCUGGCCUCGCGGCUGCCCCGCUCACUGCACGCCUUCGUCAUGGUGACCUUCGCCAUCCAGAUCUUCGCCCUGUGGCCCAUGCUGCAGAAGAAGCUCCAGGCCCGGACGCCCCGCUGCUACGUGGCCGUCACCCUGCUGUUUGCCGUGGCCGCCUUGCUGGGCCUGCUGACCAUCUCCAGCGUCGGCACGGUCCUCUUCGCCCUCCUCCUGGUGUCCGUCUCCUGCCUGUGCCCCUACUGCCUCAUCCGGCUGCAGCUCUUCAAGGACAACAUCCACGGGCCCUGGGAUGAAGCUGAAAUUAAGGACGACCUUUCCAGGUUUCUCAUGUAGGCCGGGCGUCAAACCGCUGCCUGCCGAAUGGC